CACACAUGCGAAUAUUAAGCAUAAUGUUUAAAAAUAAAAAUAUAACGUAACGGCCGCGCGUUUCAAAAUUGAAUUCAUGUUAAAAUAAAGCCUUAGUAUAGAAGGAAGCAUAUACAUAUCCAAUCGACGUCGAUUCUUAUUGUGUGCAAGUUCAACGAAGCGUACGCUGUUGUUGUUGUUGUCGGUGACGCUGCCGCCACACAAAUACAAACACAGACACAGAAAUUAUCAUCAACAUCAAAUUUGUAUAUUAAACAUUUUUGCUCGCUCGGUCAGCGGAACUUGGCCCAUUUUAUACAAUUUUUUUUCUUCGGUUCUUGGAUCGUCAGUAUUGGGAACUAUAUCAGUCCGCUUUGCACAUUUCGCCGUGGCGCUCGUGAGGAAAUUCAACAACGAAAAGAGCAAAGAUUGCUCGCAAUGAUAUUGAGAUACUUUCCUUAGCCCGAUGCUGGCAGAACGACAGUCGGCCCAGUUAGUUUAUCAGUUAAAACGAUAUGCGUUAUAUUAAACCGGAGCCGUACUAUGAGGGGCUUCCACCAUUCAAUGUCACGGGCAGUCCGUUCAAUGUCGUUCCUAUACACAAUUUUCCGGAGCUAAUGAAGGAGACCUGCGCGCUCAUCAACUCGGAAUGGCCGCGCUCUGAAACGGCACGCAUGCGCUCCUUGGAAGCCUCGUGUGAUACUCUGCCCUGCAGUCUUGUGCUCACCACCGAGGGAAUGUGUCGUGUGAUUGCGCAUUUGAAGCUGAGCCCAAUCACCUCAAAGAAGAAGGCAUGCUUUGUGGAGUCCGUUGUCGUCGAUAAAGCGUAUCGUGGUCAAGGAUUUGGCAAGCUGAUCAUGAAGUUUGCCGAGGACUAUUGUCGGGUGGUGCUGGAUUUGAAUACGUUGUAUUUGUCGACCAUCGAUCAGGAUGGUUUCUAUGAGCGCAUUGGCUAUGAGUACUGUGCACCCAUUUCCAUGUAUGGACCGCGUCACUGUGAGCUGCCCAGUUUACAGAAUAUUAAUAAGAAAUACAUGAAGAAGGUCUUAUAGGCGUCAGCACCCGUAGUAGUUGUAGUGUUGGCUUGAAGGCUUCAGUUCAACUGUUAAAACUAGUCAAAGAAAACAAAAAACAAAUUGAGGUAAACGCUUACUGAUGGUAUUUAUCCAUCUACUGCCGUUAUCCUUUCGAGCGUUUAUCUCAUAUUCCAUUACGAUUAACACACACACACACACGUAAAGCACACACAGAAAACAUUCAUUAUUACGCUCGUGUUGAUUUUUAUAUAUUACUUUCCGCAUGUAUUUUUUGUUACCAAAAAGAAAAAGAAAAAAAAACAACAAACAACUUUCCUUGAGAAACAUCGAGAGGCAAAAGUGCUAUAAACAGAAUAUAGCAUAUAGCACAUACCAUCCCAUCUAUAUAUUCAUGUUAAUCUAAUUAUUAAUUAUUAUUGUUAAUUUUAAUUGGAAAUGAUUUUGUAUGAUUUUGUUGUGGUUUUUUGCUCGAACAAAUGCUUUGCUAGACAAUAUCUACCUACAAAAACAUAUAUUUACAUAUGAUAGCUCAAUUAUCUUCCAAUUAUAUAAAGCAUAGCAUAGCAUAUAGAUAUAUACAUAUCGGAGAUGAAACUGUAGCAUUAAGCAAACAACAAAAUGAAAGGCAAUAAAUUAUAUUAAUUAUGUAGA